AUGUCGUUGAACGACAUCACCUCUGGCAACAACAAUGAGUCGAACGAGCAGGUCGAAGCUAAACAAAACCUCACCGCAGGUCAAUUCGCUGCUUCGUUCAUCGUUGCCAUCGUCGCCUUCUCUGUUCAGGUCGGCGUGUUCCUCUUAAUCAAAGAUCGUUUCGCCAGAAUCUACCAGCCCAGAACCUAUUUGGUCCCCGAACGAGAAAGAACAAAAGCAGCGCCUCCGGGCUGGUUCAAAUGGAUUCAGCCUGUCCUGCAGACCUCCAAUUCCGAAUUCGUGCAAAGAUGUGGACUCGACGCAUACUUCUUCCUGCGAUACCUGAGGACAUUACUCAAAAUCUUCGUCCCCGCAACCUGUAUCAUCCUGCCAAUUCUGCUGCCUCUGAAUCUGGUGGGUGGCCGGGGACCCAAAUUUAUGGCAGGUCAGACCGAUGACAACAACAAGGCCAUGAAUGUGUCUGGUGUUGAUCAACUCGCAUGGGGCAACGUUCGGCCUGACAGAACACAUCGCUACUGGGCCCAUUGGUUUCUGGCCUUCCUCCUAAUUUGCUGGAUUUGCUACGUUUCCUUCGACGAGUUGAGGAACUACAUUCGCAUGAGACAGGCCUACAUGACGUCUCCACAGCAUCGCCUCCGUGCUUCAGCCACCACGGUCUUGGUAAGCUCCAUACCCUCCAAGUGGUGCACGGUUGAGGCGCUUGAAGGUCUCUACGAUGUUUUCCCCGGUGGCCUACGCAAUAUCUGGAUCAACAGAAAUUUCGAUGAAUUAAACGACAAGGUCAAAAAACGAGACAAACUGGCGAAGAAGCUUGAAAAUGCCGAAACAGAGCUCAUUAGGAAAUGCUAUAAGAAGCAUGAAGAAGAACUUGUCAAGUCAGAAAAGAAGGCCGGCAGGACACUGACCAAGGGCGACAAGAAGCGUAGAACGCUAAUGCUAGACAAACUUGGCCAACAACAAGCUCGAUCACAGGGCGUCAGCUCCGGCGACCCGCAUCAAGUUCGCCACACCGUUGAUGAAGCCACCGGCGAUGACGCCUCUUCAGUCUCAUCAGUUCACAGUGCCGACGGUGAAAAUGAGAACCGUCGCAUGAGACGCCUUCCGGUGCCAAUCCUCGGUGAUGGCAUCGAAAUUGUUGGACAAGGCUUCCAAAAGAUGACACGGGGUAUCCUCGGAGGCGUCAAGGGUGCCGAGAAAGGCCUCAACAACACCAUUGACACCACGAAUGGGUUCGUUAGCGCACAUGAUGAUUCUCCUAUCAGACCCAGUGAAGAUACUUGGGCGAAUUCGGUUGCAACUGACGAAAGGCCUAUAAAUCCUGGCAGCCGUGAUGGAGCUCGUGCUUUUGGCGACAACCGGAAAUCCGGGCUUCAAGAUUCUUCUCUUGUUGGACUUCAUGCAGCAGAAGGGUCCACAGACCGUACCAAGAAACAGUCUAAUCCGCGCGAUGAGCCUGAGAAAAGUCCUCUUUCACAAUCAAGCACGAUGAGAGACACCGCUACAGCUACUCCUGAGCCCAGUGUUGGGCGCUUCACCAAAGUGCUGCGAGCCGUUGGCCUAGCUUCCGCCCCUCGCGAACCAGUCGAGUAUCCUGAGGCCUAUGCCGAAGACUUCGUCCACAAUCCGGCGGAUGCUCUGUGGAAGAAGUAUUUGCGCGAAAAAGAUCGUGACACUAUGCGUCUACCAAUCUUCGGCUGGCAGUGGAUGCCAUCUCUCCCACUCAUGGGUCAGAAGGUUGACACCAUUGAGUAUUGCCGUCAGGAGGUAGCCAGGCUCAAUGUGGAGAUCGAAGACGACCAGGCUCAUCCUGAGAGAUACCCUCUGAUGAACUCGGCUUUCAUCCAGUUCAACCACCAGGUAGCUGCGCACAUGGCCUGUCAGUCUCUGAGCCACCACAUCCCGAAGCAAAUGGCUCCUCGCCUUGUUGAGAUUGAUCCCAAUGAUGUUAUCUGGGACAACAUGUCGGUGCCAUGGUGGCAGAACUACAUGCGCUCGGCGGCCGUCUUUGUUGUCAUUGUUGGCAUGAUCAUCUUAUGGGCCAUUCCUGUGGCUUUCACCGCGGCGUUGUCGCAGCUGAAUCAAUUUGCUCAAGACUAUACAUGGCUGGGAUGGAUUCUCGAAACUCCAGAAUGGUUCAGAUCCGCGUUGCAGGGUAUUCUGCCACCAGCCAUGAUCGGUCUGCUGCUGUUCUUGUUGCCGUUGAUUCUACGUUUCCUGGUCAAACUCAAAGGCACCCAAUCUGGUAUGCUGGUUGAGCUUUCGGUCCAGAAAUUCUACUUCUUCUUCCUUUUUGUUCAGCUGUUCCUGGUCGUGUCGGUCUCGUCGAUCAUCUCAAGAGUGGUCACGAUCUUCUCGUCCGCCGACGGCUGGACUCAGAUACCCGAGAUUCUCGGUGCGAGCAUACCCGGAGCUAGUAACUACUUCAUCUCGUACAUGGUACUCCAGGCCUUGUCCGUCAGUGCGGGAGCGCUUCUUCAGGUUGGCAGUCUCGUCGGGUGGUUCAUCAUCGCGCCACUCGUUGACAGCACUGCCCGAGACAAAUUCAAGCGGCAGAUCGAUUUAUCCGAGGUCAAAUGGGGAACCUUCUUCCCUGUCUAUACCAACCUAGCUUGCAUCGGCCUGAUUUACUCUGUCAUCUCGCCACUGAUUCUCAUCUUCAACGUUAUCACCUUCACAUUGUUCUGGGUCGCCUACCGGUACAAUUCAUUGUUCGUCACCCAAUUCACUCGUGACACGGGUGGUCUACUGUUUCCAAACGCCAUCAAUUGCACCUUUGUCGGCAUCUACGUGAUGGAGGUUGCAUUAAUUGGUAUGUUCUUCUUGGUGGCUGGCCCCGAUGGUAAAGUUGGUGUUUGCCGAGGUCAGGCAAUCGGCAUGAUCGUCAUCCUCAUUCUCACUGCCGCGUAUCAACUUCUUCUCAACCAAGCUUUCAAACCCUUAUUCCGUUAUCUACCCAUCACGCUCGAGGAUGAUGCUGUUCGCCGCGAUGAGGAGUUUGCCCGAGCGCUGGCACAACGCCAGGGUCGCACGAGUGAUGAGCAGGACGGUGAAGAAGAUCUUGAGGAUCGACUCCACGAGAACGAGCGCCGGGAACGACAAGAGAACGAGCAGCUUGACGAGUACGAGAUGAAUCGGAUCAACAGCGAGAAACGUGGAGGCCAUUCUCAUCAAGGUUCGGAUUCGAAAUUCCAGAAUUCGGAGAAGUAUCGCAAUCUCGACCAGGAGUCCAAAGGAUUGAAGCUAGUGAAGAAGGUUGGCGCUGUCACGGCUGAUCAGACUAUUAAUCGUGUACCAAACCUCCAUCGUCGCGGUUCAUGGGCCGACAGAAACGACCCACGCAAUCGUCAUGCAUCGUCGUUUGGUGGCGCUGAUGCGGGCCAUGGUAGGUCCGAUUCGUUCUCAACCCAGGACAGGCAUCAUCAUGAUCACCGGACCCGACGCAAAUCGCCUCCCAGGAAGGUGGUAGACAAGAUCAACAAUUUCAAUCCGCUCACAGGCAACGAGCGAGAUAUCGAGGCUCAGCAGGAUGCUCGCAAUCGUCUGGCGGAUGCGCUGUUUAGCGGACGCAACGACGAACUUGAAGAUCUUACGCCAGAGCAGAGGGACAGUCUCGUGCAACGUGCAUUCCAACACGCCGCUCUUCGAGCAAGAAGACCGUGCAUAUGGUUGCCCCGCGACGACCUUGGUGUCAGCGACGACGAGAUCACGAGAAUGGGAGCUUUUUCUUCCGCGAUUUGGGCGAGCAAUGUUGGUGCUGGGCUCUCAGGGAAGGGCAAGUGUGUCUACAGCCGAGCCCCUCCAGAUUUCAGCGAGGUGGAUCUGAUACAGCUGUAA